AUGCCCGAGAUAUCAAACUUGACACCUAUACAGGUCAUAGGCGUUGGCCUUGCUGUUGGCGUUUUGUACAUUGUUGGGCAAAGUAUCUACCGCCUCUUCUUUCAUCCUCUUUCCAAGUUCCCAGGGCCGAAAAUAGCCGCCGUCUCAGAGGCUUGGUGGGCAUGGGCGUUGCUGAGCGGUCGUCAACCAUUCCACAUUCUGGAUGCUCAUCGUAAACACGGCGAUAUUGUCCGCAUUGCGCCGAAUGAACUGUCCUUCGCCAGUCCGCAAUCCUACCAAGAUAUCUACGGGCACGUCUCGAAAGGACGAGGUCGUUUCUUGAAGACCGAAUUCUACGACAAUGGCCCACCACGUAUCGUCUCAGCAAGAGAUCCUGAAGUUCACGCCCGGCAGCGAAAAGCCCUCUCGCAUGCAUUCAGCGCCAAGGCUCUCCGUGGCCAAGAGACUAUAGUCCACCAAUACGUCGAUCUUUUUGUUGAGCAACUCUCGAGGCUUGGCAAUGCGGGCAAAAAAGCGAUUGAUGCCUCCGAGGCGUAUAACUGGGUAACCUUUGACAUCAUUGGCGACCUUGCGUUUGGAGAGUCAUUCAAUGCGGUGUCAGAUGGCAAAACAAAUUCCUGGAUCGCCAUCAUAUUCGACGGAGUCGCAGCCAUGAUGAUUUCUGCAGCCAGGAAACGUCUGGCCGUGGUCAAGUACCUUGAGCCGUGGCUAGUCGCGCCCAAAUCCGCCGAUAAAUUGGCCACGCACGUGAGAUUGUCAAAGGACAAGGCACGAAAGCGCAUACAAAUGGGUGGCGAUUCACGACGGGAUGUUGAGGACUUUUUCGGCCACAUGAUUCGCAAGGGUACUAUUACGGAACAGGAGAUGACUGAUCAGGCAAGGACACUCAUUAUCGCUGGAUCAGAAACCACCGCUACGACCUUGAGUGGUUUGACCUGGUAUCUGCUCCGCAACCCCGAGUGCUUGGCCAAGCUUCAACACGAGGUACGUAGCACAUUUUCAUCCUUUGAUGAGAUCACGGGCGAUAGCACAGCCAGUCUCAAGUAUCUUCACGGCGUGAUCGAAGAGGGAUUGCGUAUGUUCCCGGCUGUGUCAACCGCCCUGCCACGAUAUUCGCCGGGUGCCGUCAUUGAUGGACAUUACGUGCCCGCUGGAGUCAUCGUGUCCAACAGCGGCUAUUCAAUGACGAGAGACUCGAGAUAUUGGCACGAUCCGACCGCAUUCCGACCCGAGAGAUGGAUCGAUGAGAACUUCCAAGAUGAGCUGAGGGCAAGUCAGCCAUUCUCGACGGGCCCCCGCGCUUGUCUAGGAAUUAACCUCGCGUAUCUGGAACUGAGGAUUAUAUUGGCAAAGGUUGCCUUUACGUAUGAUUUGGAGCUCGAGUCGAAGCACCUGGAGAACUGGAACGAGUCGUGCCAGUCGGCCUUUUUGUGGAAACGGCCCGAACUUUUCGUGAAGUUCGUUCCCUUCAAACCAAUAAAAAACCAUGACAAUAUUGAGAUUGUCGCUUAA